GGUCUGCGCGAUCGCGGUUUUACGAAUCGUCGCCGUGGACUCUACGCAACUUUAGCAGGUACGGUUUCGCGCUUAUUGACGUGUGGUGCUUCGGGCACCAGCUUUCCGUGCAGCGGUCCCCGGCCGUUGUUGAUGUUGGUGGACUCUUGCUUCUUGUGUUGGUGCUAAAAGUGUUAUUCUUGUUACUGUUUUCGUAUACACCUUCUCUUUCGUACACACGAUGUCCAGCGAUCGAUCAAGAGUGAAAUAGUCCGAUAUUCCAGAGUGGUACCAGUUCGAAAUAAUAUAAAGUGAAAGAUUAAUAAGAAUCAUUUCAAGUACUAUGGCCGCAGCGCAUAGAAAAAAAAGUGCUCGAGUGUAAGUGAGGACAUGUCAUUCCUCAGGCCAUUGUACUGAAAUUUUCUGUACGAAUUUUAUGUUUUUGUUUUUUUUCUACUCAUGUGUUACACUCCCAUUUUUCCAUAUCGACUUUACACCAUCUAUGACGUGUACUUUUUCAUGAGUCAAGUUCUUUCUAAACAAAUGCAUUUUAAAUAGACGUGGACUAUUUGUCACAAAAAACUGGUCUUGUCCUAACCACUACAAGGGAAGGUCCACUUAAACUCGAUAAUGGAUACUAAAAUGGGAUGAAAUUUCACUUGUUCGGGAAUAACAGAAAUUUGCAGCUGUUUGACGCACAAUUCUGCGUAACGUUUCAACGAGGAAUAAAAAAGUGUUCCGAAAGGUGGUGUUCCGUAAAUUUAAAAGCAGAGUACAAUGAUGUUGACAUCUGCUGGAAAGCAAAAAUGCUGUAGUUAUGUUAAACGCCCAACCAGGAGCAUAAUGCGUGAAUGGCUAGAAAGUGUUUGUGAGUGCAAAUAACACCCAUCGGAGAGUAUAGAAAUAUACUAAUUUCGAUAGUUUUAAAAAAUAAAAUAAAGUUCAUUGUGAUCCGUAGUACGUAAGUCAUCGCACAUACAACUACCCAUACAGAAGUGAACCUGUGCCAAUCGAAUGGAAAACAAGAAAAAAGUUGACGCGUCAGUGUGCUAGUGUUGCCAAACAGCUAUUGUAGCCAUUCAGCAUCAUUCAAGCUCGGUGCGGUGGGUCCCGCGAACCUCCUGUACCGACGAUCGCCACUUUCGCGGCCCGUGGCUAGGAGCUGAAGAAGUGCCGGAGAGCCAACGCUCGGUCUGUGCCACGCUGACGUUUUUUUUCUGCAGAGAGAGAAGAAUUUUGCAUAUUACCGCUGCUGGACGGAAUCGACGGAAUAUGAAAACGUGUGUUUAUAAGAAAUGUAUAACAAUAAGGUCAUAACAAGGUAGUGGCGUGAUGGAGUUACGAGUUACAAAAAUAAGGUAACAUACCAGCGCUCGAUAUGUCGCUCCCCCAGCGACGAGGGGCUCCAGUGGAGUGCCCGCUAGCGUCUCUGGGGCGCAACACUCCCUCGAUGGAUGCCCUCCAGUACCAUCACCCGCUGAGCUCCAGCCCACUCGAUCCGCAGGCGUAUCAAAUGUCCCGAAAGACACCAAUUCUUGGGAUCGACUCGGACAUCUACACGGCUGAAACUAGCCUCGUGAACAGCCAUGCCACCACGAAUGGGUGUAAAAGUGAAAAAUCUAAAGAAAAUGGUAAUAUGAUUUCAAGGAGCUCGUCGUCUUCCCUGGAUCAAAGCACAUCGUUUCUGCAUCAGCCGCCUCCGCCAACCGUUAGCAGACGAGGAGAUUAUCGUCCGCUGCGACCUAGAACGUACACCCCAAUAGACGCACUGUUGAACAACACGUACCAGCAUCAUCAACGGCUUUCACCCGUCCUGAUGGACAUCCAACGAAAUCACGUAAACUAUCAAACCGAAGGACAACCGCUAACAUCCCUCUCCGAAGCGGAUCGUUACUUUCUAGAGGAAAAAAUGGAUUCACUCUACAUUCAAGGUGCCAUUCGGCGAAAUGCAAACACGCCGUCCAGUCUAACACGUAAUCAGUCCGGAAGCAGUAAUAACACCGAACGUUACUAUCUGGAAAACGAAAACAUCGACGCGAUCUACAAUUUCUGUCACACUGCGGCUGGAGUAGCCGCUCUCAAUUCGCACAAUUCCUCUUCGAAAGCAUCCUCCAGUCACAACGAUUGUCUAGAUUCUAGUUCACCCAACCUGCUACGGCGGGCAUCCAGUCCGGAAACCAGCGGUUCCGAUCGGUACCUAAUCGAUCGGAUACGAGGCUCCCCCGCCUACCAUGGAAGAAAUGGACGGAUUUCGCAGCAGCUGAAGGUCACCACGGGAGAUUUUGUUGAUGGCAGAAUACACCUCACCAAGUCACAACACUUCAACGAAGGCCUCUCACGAUACGGUCGCUUUUCGCCCAGCUUAGACCAGGGCUACCAUACACUCGUGUCACCGUCGCCAUCUGGUCAGCAGCAGUCCUCUAUUCCGGCUUCGUGGAACACGGCAGCGCCAAGUAGCAGCUCAACAACAGCUAACGGGACGAGUAGUCUCAACAGCAGCAAUCAGCUCAUCAACAAUAGCCUCGUUGGUAGUGAUUUGCUCAUCGGCAAUGGUAGUAUUUUGUUCCGAUCCGGACCACUGUUCGAUAGACUCCCGGAUGAAUUAAUGGCGAGAGUCUUCGAGUGGCUCGACAGCCGCGAACUGUGCAAUAUUGCGCGAGUUUGUAAACGAUUCGAAACGGUAAUCUGGAACCCAUCACUUUGGAAAGUUAUCAAGAUAAAAGGAGAAAACAAUAGCGGUGAUAGAGCAAUCAAAACAAUCCUGAGGAGACUAUGUGGUCAAACUCGGAAUGGUGCAUGCCCCGGAGUGGAACGAGUGCUACUAAGCGACGGUUGUAGGCUAGGAGACAAAGGACUUCAGUUACUGUCACGACGAUGUCCUGAAAUCACUCACUUGCAAGUUCAAAACAGCGUAACCAUUACAAAUCAAGCCUUGUUCGAUUUGGUUACCAAAUGUACGAAUUUGCAACACCUUGAUAUAACCGGAUGCGCCCAAAUAACCUGCAUCAACGUUAACCCGGGGCUUGAACCUCCGCGUCGUUUGCUGCUACAGUAUCUAGACCUAACCGAUUGUGCUUCGAUUUCGGAUUCGGGGCUCAAGAUAAUAGCGAAGAAUUGCCCGCUACUGGUUUAUCUUUACUUAAGACGUUGUGUUCAAGUGACUGACGCUGGCCUCAAAUUUAUCCCAAACUUCUGCAUAGCUCUACGCGAGCUAAGCGUAUCUGACUGUACCAGCAUUACGGACUUUGGUCUCUACGAGCUGGCCAAACUGGGUGCUACACUGCGCUACCUUUCGGUGGCCAAAUGCGAUCAAGUUUCGGACGCCGGGCUGAAAGUGAUCGCAAGACGGUGCUACAAGAUGCGAUAUCUGAAUGCGCGUGGCUGUGAAGCUGUAAGCGACGACUCCAUCAACGUUCUCGCACGAUCCUGCCCUCGGUUACGCGCGCUUGAUAUUGGGAAGUGCGAUGUCAGCGAUGCUGGACUACGGGCACUAGCUGAAAGCUGUCCCAAUCUGAAAAAGCUCAGUUUACGAAAUUGUGAUAUGAUAACUGACCGGGGGAUACAGUGCAUUGCCUAUUACUGCCGGGGACUGCAACAGCUCAACAUUCAGGAUUGCCAGAUUUCGAUCGAAGGCUAUCGUGCGGUAAAGAAGUACUGCAAACGAUGCGUCAUCGAGCACACGAAUCCAGGAUUUUGUUAGCAUCUUGAUCUGUGCGAUAAUUAUGCUCUCUUUAUGCUUUUAAAAGAAUUGUAGUAAAUUGUUCUUGACGUUAGAUUUUCGAGUAUAGUAUUGCCAAAAAAACA